UGCCGGACCAUCGUAUUCCUCUUAUCUGAGGAACCUCAGACUGUGUGGGACGGUGCCACCCUUCCAACAGAUAAGAAGUUUUCCUGUAGUGAUUGUGGGAAGCGUUUCCGUUUGAAAUCCCAACUUAAUUUGCAUAAAAGAACCCACACGGGUGAGAAGCCGUAUUCCUGUCCUGAAUGCGGGAAAUGUUUUUCACAAAUAUCAAAUCUUGCCAAACAUCAAAUGUCUCACACGGAGGAAAAGCAGCAUUCCUGUCCUGAGUGCGGGAAGUGUUUCCGCUUUAAAUCCACACUUAAUGAGCAUAAAAGAUCUCACACAGGUGAGAAGCCGUAUUCCUGUUUGGAGUGCGGGAAGUGUUUCAGUUUUAAAUCCAAACUUAAUGCACAUGAAAAAACACACACAAGUGAGAGGUCGUAUUCCUGUCCUGAGUGUGGGAAAUGUUUUGUAGAAAAAUCAAAUCUGGUUGGACAUCAAAAGUCUCACACGGGGGAAAAGCCGUAUUUCUGUCCUGAGUGCGGGAAAUGUUUUUCCAAGAAAUCCCAUCUCGACACCCAUCAGAGAUUGCAUACGGGAGAGAAACCAUAUUCCUGUCCUGAGUGUGGGAAAUGUUUCGUACAAAAAUCAGGUCUGGUCACACAUCAAAUGUUUCACACGGGGGAAAAGCCGUAUUUCUGUCCUGAGUGCGGGAAAUGCUUUGUACGAAAGUCACAUCUUAACGCACAUCUGAGGUCUCACACCGGGGAGAAGCCAUUUUCUUGUCCUGAGUGCGGCAAAUGUUAUUCAGACAGGUCGUCUCUUCACAAGCAUCAGAAAUCGCACACAGGGGAGAAAUCGCAUUCCUGUCCCGAUUGCGGUAAAUGUUUUCCAUGGAAAUCAUACAUUGCCAUACAUCAAAGAUCUCACACAGGAGAGAAGCCGUUUUCCUGUCCUGAGUGUGGGAAAUGUUUUCAACGAAAAUCAGAACUUGCCAUACAUCAAAGAUCACACACAGGAGAGAAGCCGCAUUCCUGUCCUGAGUGCGGGAAAUGUUUUGCAAGGAAGCAAUCUCUUCACAAACAUCAGAGACUGCACACAGAUGAGAAGCUAUUUUCCUGUUCUGAAUUUGUUGCACAUCAGAGAUCUCACACGGGGGAGAAGCCACAUUCAUGUCCUGAGUGCGGGAAAUGUUUUUCAGACAAGUCGUCUCUUUAUAAACAUCAGAGAUUGCACACGGGGGAGAAGCCGUAUUCCUGCCCAGAGUGCGGAAAAUGUUUUUCACAGAACUCGUCUUUUCAUAGACAUCAGAGAUCGCACACAGGUGAGAAGCCGUAUUCCUGCCCUGAGUGCGCAAAAUGUUUUUCACAGAAGUCCCACCUUGACAAACAUCAGAGAUCGCACACGGGGGAUAAGCCAUAUUCCUGCCCUGAGUGCGGAAAAUGUUUUUCACAGAAGCCCAAUCUAGACAAACAUCAGAAAUUGCACACGAGGGAGAAGCCACUUUCCUGUCCUGAGUGAGGGAAUUGUUCCCCCACAC